UGUCAAAGCCUCGUUUUGAUCUAUGAACGUCAACGAUGAAAAGAUGUCAAACUGAACUACCGUACGAGCAAACAUCAUAUUGUAACUAUUCUGAUUUACAUAAUGAGUGUAGGUCCCCCACCUUCAUAUGGGCAGGCCACGGCUGGAUUCGCCCCACCCAUGUCAGGUUACGCCCCACCCAUGCAAGGAUAUGCCCCACCCAUGCAAGGAUAUGCCCCACCCAUGCAAGGAUACGCCCCACCUGUGUCAGGUUACGCCCAACCUCCACAACAGAGUGGAACGCAAGCCUCUACCAACACAGUGACGGUUGUGACAGUUCAGCCCCCAAGAACAGAGCCGCCAGCCCAUCCGCCCCCUGACCAUAUGAAGCUGGCCUACAUCUCCUGCCUCUUCUGUCCCCUGGUGGCUCUUUGUGCCAUCAGUGCCGCCCGUCGUUCUCGCGAUUUUUAUCGUGCUGGUGAUUAUGAGAAAGCCUUCCUUUAUGGACGAAGUGCUCGAGUGAAUGCAAUCUCUGCUAUAUGCGCCGGCAUAUUCAGUGCUAUUAUCUUAAUGGUGGUGUACAGGGAAAUAUAGACGUCCUAUGAAUAAAGUAGUAGUGCAGCAUUA